AUGCAGCCUCCUGGCCACUUCAUUCUAUUUGGCUCAACAGGCCCUUCGGGGUUGAAGAUCAUCGAGCUAGCUCUUUCUCGAGGAAAUUAUCUCACACUUUACGUGCGGUCCCCUGACAAGCUUCCUGAAGAUGUACGAAACUCCCCUUUGGUCCGCGUCGUAGUCGGACAAUUGGAUGACGAGGCCGCACUGGAGUCGUGCUUUUCGAAACUGGAAGAUUUCCCUGUAGUGAAGGGCAUCAUCUCCGUGCUUGGCGCAAAGGUUGGCCAGCCACAGGGAAACCCUAUCACGAAAGGAUACGAAAUCAUAUUCAAACUGAUGAAAAUGCAUGAUAUAAAAAAUAUCGUACUUCUUUCAACCGUGUCUGUAAAAUCGCCCAAGGAUCAUUUCUCACUCGUUCGUGAGUCCCUUGUAGCAGGCAUAAAACUCAUAGGUCAUUCGGCUUGGGAAGACGUGGUGGCGACCGGAGAGCUCGUGCAUUCGGAGGCAUCGGAUGGUCUGAACGUGACGUUGGCGCGAGUUCCAACGUUGAACGAUUCCAAAGGAGGUUCAUUGAAGGUAGGAUUUGUAGGAGAUCGGUAUGUAGGAUGGUUGCUUUCGAGGAAUGACCUAGCGACGUUCUUUGUCGGAGAGGCCGAAAAACCCGAGUGGGCGGGGGAAAUUCCACUUCUGAGCUCUUGA